AUGGAAGUCACCAGACGAUCGCGGCGUCUUGCCCAAGUAUUACACACCUCCGAUAACACCCCCAGCGACGCUGAAGCCUCUAUACCGCGUCGAGCGAAACGAGCUCGACCAGGCUCAGUCUUAUCCUCCAGCUUGGAGCGUCACGGACGGACUCGCAAACCGCGUACCAGCCAAGCUAGACUCAAGAAAUAUGCCCAUCUCCCCUUACUCCGUGACACUCUGGUCCCCAACCUCAUCUGCGUCUUUGUCGGCAUGAACCCCGGGAUUCAGACUGCCACGGCCGGCCAUGCUUACGCUCACCCUUCCAACCACUUCUGGAGGUUGCUACAUACGUCUGGCUGCACAGACCGACUCUGUCUACCUGAAGAGGACGGUGAUCUACCCCACCUUUACGCCAUGGGCAACACCAACCUCGUUGGGAGGCCAAGCCGAACUACCAGUGAGCUUUCGAAGCAGGAGAUGGCCGAAGGGACGCCUGUGCUGGAGGAUAAGAUAAGAAUAUACAAGCCUGAAGCUGUUUGCUUUGUUGGCAAGGGAAUAUGGGAGGCGGUCUGGAGGUGGAGGUAUGGAUGUGAUCCCACGAAGGAGGAAUUCAAAUAUGGAUGGCAAGAUGAGUCCGAGAAUAUAGGCAGAAGCAAGGAUGGCAUUCAAGGACGGGACAACCGCGGCAGAGUGUGGGAUGGAGCAAAGGUAUUUGUAGCGACAAGCACUAGCGGACUAGCAGCAAACCUAUCCAUGGAAGAAAAGAAAGCUAUAUGGAGUGACCUCGGAGUCUGGGUCAAGAGAAGUAGAGAGGAGAGAAAGCAGAAUAAUAGCGACACAUGA